AGCGUCUACCUGGGAGGGAGGAGCGGCGAGUGCUGCAGCUGGAGCUGCACCGAGGCGCUGCUGACCGAGGCGGCGGGACCCGGCGAGGCGCCCCGGCCCUGCCCUUGCCCCUUACCGCGCGGGGACUGCUCCCUCAGCCGCCUCUUGCGCCUCCUCCUCUCCGCACGCCGCUCCCUCGAGAUCUGCCUCUUCGCCUUCUCCAGCCCGCAGCUGGGCCGCGCUGUCCAGCUCCUCCACUGCCGCGGCGUCCGCGUCCGCAUCGUCACCGAUGCGCAGUACAUGGGGCUCCAGGGCUCCCAGAUCGGCCUCCUCCGGCGCGCCGGGAUCCAGGUGCGCCAUGACCAGGAGGGAGGUUACAUGCACCACAAGUUCGCUAUCGUGGACGGGAGGAUGCUCAUCACAGGCUCCCUCAACUGGACCACCCAAGCUAUCCAGAACAACCGGGAGAACGUGCUGGUCAUGGAAGACGCCGAGUAUGUGAAGCCUUUUCUGGAUGAGUUUGAAAGGAUUUGGGAAGAAUACAAUCCCACCAACUACACAUUUUUUUCCAAAGACAGUAAAUGAGUGAGCUGCCCCACAGGGCUGGUGGAGUACUUAACAGCUAGCAUUCAUGAACCUUCUUCUUACGUAUAGACAUCAUUGUAUUAUCCCUCUAGGUGUAAUUUAGGUAAGCUCCUCCAGAGAAGCGAAGUGCUCUCUACCCUGAAGUGCCACAGGUCCCUUGCUGUGGGUCAUUCCCACGCUAGAGGGAAUGACCCAACUGCUUGGUGAGUUGUUUUGUGAGGAUAGCUGUGAUAGGACUGCAUUCAUAGAGCUUAAAACUACGGGCAGGCUCGUUGCCUGUAGACGAGGUACAUUCAUACGGUGCUGGGUAGGUGUUUAAACAGUGAAAUGGACAUGUUUCCAACUUGAGAUACCACAGAAUGGAAUUGUAACCCAGUGGCUCCUCUACAUCACUAAAGGAAGAGUUAAGAGGGCUACAGAAUAGCGAGACUUUGUAUAGAGAGAUUAAGCACCUUAGUUACAUUUUUUGUUGGCAUUAAUUGUUGAAAGUUUGUGAAGGGUAAUUUGUGGGAAAUUAGAAGGCAGAAAUUAGAAGUACAUUUUGAUUGUGUACACAUUUCCUUUGGUUUAAGAUUAGCAGAGCUCCAGCCUAAAAGCGUCAGAGCAGAUAUUAAUGAUAGCCUGUCUUCCUUGAGGGAAGUGUAGGGGAGUCUGGAAAGAAAUGAGAGGAACUGUUCUUUGGGAUCAGUUGGUCUUGUCUUGAGAGCAGACAUGCUGGAGUUCAGUCACCAACUUCAGAGUGAGCAGUGGAAGGAAACCUCAGUUCAUUCAGGUGGGGACACGGUGUGAGGGUCUGGCUUGGUGACUUCCACCACCUUUGUUGGCAGCGGCAGGGUGGGGGACAGGGAGUGACAAGGAAGAGGGAGGGAGGUAAGAUCUCUGUCCCUGCAGUUCAGGGUAGAAGAAAUGGGUGUAAACUUAAGAAUUUCAAAACUAAACAGCAUCCGUGUUAAGAAUUACAUUAUACUGAAUAUAAAGUGCCCCAAAAUCUCUCACAGUGAAAAAAGGUCUUAAUGUUUUGUUACCAGUUUUGCUUGUCGCAGAAGUGCCAUGACUGGCAUUAUUAAAUAAACCGUUUUCACAGAAAAGCUCAACAUCUUCUGGGUUUUGCACUCCUGGCAGUCCUUGUGGGUUGGCUGUUCCAAAGAUACAAAUUAUUAAAAAUUCCUAUAGAUCCUUAGGUUAUUUAAGUUACAUGGAAUAACAUCAACAGAUUGCCAAUUUGUUCUGUUCUGUUUGAGAAAGUUGGCAUGGGUCUGGGAGGAAAAAGCAUUACUGUUACCUGUGGAGUAGCAAGUAUGGAAGAAGCUGAGGAAGCUCAUUCUCCAGUAAAUUCUGUUCAGCAGCAUUAGAUAAACAUGUUACUGCUAUUAAAAUACUACCUGUUGCAUUUUCUUGGUGAAGUGUGAUUAUAAAAGCAAACAGCUCAUUUUCAGGAUCUGGCCUCUGCUCUGUUCUUUCUGUAGUAGCGUCCUUUUUGAAAUAAAUGCCUCACUACACAGCA